UCCCUUUUGGUCAAAUCAUCCUAUUCUGAAACCGUCGAAGAAAGGCUACAUCUAUAACGCUUAGGUUCUACGUCAGAUACAACUUGACAUCAGUAUUUUGAGCCAUGGGACAUCUAUGAUGAUCUUUAACAUUAUAGCCAAACUACACAUUGAAGACACAAUCCUGUUUCUAUUAAGCGGUGCCGUCGAAGAUUAAUUUGGAGGUGAAUUAAAGGCCGAAGAUAUUUUAUAUAUACAGAACGCUCAUCAACUAUGGCGACAGCAGAUGAUUUUGAGACUUUGUCUUUUGGUGCAAGAAUAGGAUAUGAUAACAUCACUCUCUGCAAUAUAACAUUUUUCAUUGAAACGGGUGACUAUAUUCUUCAAGACUACGCUACCCGUAUCAUCUUAGCUCUCCUACUCCUCGUCAUCUUCCUGAUCGGAAUCCUUGGAAAUCUCUUCGUCGUCGCCGCCGUCAUCCUCUCAAAACGACUCCAGAACACCACAAACGUUUUCGUCAUCAACUUGGCCGUCGCAGACUUUUUGACAGCUAUGUUCCUUCCCGUUCACGCCUCCACGCUCUUGAGUAAAUCUAGUUGUUACAUCCCGGAGUUGCUCUGCCAGUUUGUAGCGGCAGCAUCCUUAAUCACGCUCGGGUGUAGCGUUGUCACCUUGGCAAUGGUGGCGUUUUAUCGCUUCACUGUCCUGUACGCCGUUUUAAAACCAAAACCAAAGUUCGACAACGCAUUUAGCACCCGGAAUAUCGUGAUAAUGGUUUCGUUUACCUGGCUCUACCCAAUUGUUCUCAUGUGUAUCAUAUUACCGUUGGACAUUGGGUCCCUUGGAUACGCUGUCCAGUACAAAGUAUGCGCGAAGGACACAGCGAGUAAUGAUUCCGACUACCUGACCCUGACAGUGUGUCUGCUCGUUCAGUUUCCCGCCUUCGUCGUCAUCAUCGUCUGCUACGUCUAUAUUUUCAAAAUGUACAGGCGUCAUCAACGCGAGAUGAACGCCAUUAUGGCGCCCUCACCCUAUAGGAUGGCCUCUACCAAUAGUGAAAUCAAUGUUACAAUCAUUGAAGACUUGCCAAUGGAAGAAUCGGAUACUCCCAACGAUGGUAUCAUCAACGUUGGCUUUGAUGAAUGUGACGGCUUUAAAACCGCGCCACCUGAAGAUCGGGAAAUCUUAGCAGAACCUUCCGACGCAAGUGAAACAAUAACAAAUGGAAAACACUCUCCCGUCUCUCGAGAAUGCCCAAACCCGAACGGCCAUACAACCAGUGAAUCAUCGACCAACUCGGUGCAACCCAGAGCUCUUCGUCAGCCCAUCACUGUCGACACUCUAGCUAGAGACAAGCAGAAUGUUCGCUUCAAGCAACAGCGUCAGAUAACCAUCAAUCUAUUCAUCGUUGUCUGCGUCUAUACAAUCUGCGUGAUGCCAUCAGCUAUCAUCUUCCCCAUACCAUCCACAGGUCCAGCCAUACCUUGGCUUACGUUACUCUUUCUGCUCAACUCAUGCGUGAAUCCAAUCAUAUAUGCUUUGAGGCAUCCAACCUUUAGCGCCGUUCUCAAGUGCAUGGUGAAAUGUAGGUUUAGAGACAUUCCAGAGCCUUCAUCCUUCCUGAGGUCGACUUCACUCUCCUAGAAAUGACAAAAGAAAUCAUCAUGAAUAUGAGGUGGUCAGACUUUUGCUCCAGCAACAGUUUUAAUUAGCGAUAGAGUUUGGGAUAAUGGUGGUUAGAGAGUUGAAGUUUAGAAUUCGCCGAGUGUUCGAAAUUGAUCUCGUAUCAAAGGCGAAGCGAAGCCUGUGUUGCAGAACCGAAAGAGGAAGAAGAAGAAAAAACAAACACUUCACGCAUAUCUUGUAAUUCCUGUUGACUAUUGAAAAUUCUAUUAUUAUUUCAUUUACACCUCAGGGUACAUAAAUCAUAUAUUGUACCGUUACAAAAUAAUCGUUGCCAGUAUUUUCGUUUUUAAGUAAGCCAGGCAAAUUUGCCAACAAAUAGAACUUGAAUAUCGUACUUAGGCCUUCGCUUGUCAAUAAAAUGUGAAUUAAGCAUUCAUGCAUGAUUGUAUGUGUAAAAGUGUGCUGACAGGGAGGACUUAUUCCUGCGUACUUUCAUCGAGCAAAUGUUGUUCAAAACCAACUUUCUGUGCGAUUCGUCUUGAUCUGUAAUGUUGAAUGCGACUUAAUUGUUUUACGCAGACGGAGUUAUAAUAAUGAUUGCAUCUCGUUCUAUAGUUGGUGGCCUGUUUCACCAAGGAGGAUUGCCUCAACUUUAGAAUAUGACCUCUGUUGAUAGCCCGAGGGGCGUUAACUCAUAAUACUUUAAACAAAGCCUUCCUGGUUCUCUUUUUUAUUCUCUCGCCAUAAGGUACAUUGUAGUGAUGUCCCGCCCCCUCCAAGUUAUAUGAUAUAUUUUUGUAUAUUCAAGAGAAGCGCUUGUAAGCCGAAAAAUGAGCAAUUUGUUAACAUUUUUAUCUUUCAAUAUAAAACAGUUCAUUUUUUCCCAGUGUUAUGUCAGGUCGGGUUAAUGAACUUUUUGAGCAUCCGCAAAACAGCGAGGUAGGGCUGUAUACCAAGCCCUGCGCGCACCCUCAAUUAAAACAAAUAAAUCAGAAGAAGGCCCCUUCUGCUGUCUUGAUCGAUUGGCAAUAGA